GUAGAAAAGUUAAUCUCUUGAAGCGUUUUAAUGCUUGUAGCGUUAACAUUGCAUUCACCAACACAUAAACAUGUUUAAGUUGACUGAAUAUUAUUUAGAAUUUAGUUGAAGUAACUUAGGAAUUUUAUUAGACUGAAAGACAAGACUUGAAAUGCCAACUUGAGUGAAUAUUAAGCGAUGGAAGUAAAAGUAAUUUAGCUAUUGCAAGCCACUGAGAGUUUACAGGAUGCAAUGUGUGUUGUGCUGAAAUGUUCUCGUCUACCGAACUUAAGACGCUUCAGUUAGCGCUACCUACUCUAAACUCUCUAUCUGUCGCUGAUUUGGAAUGCCUGUGCAACGCUGCAAUAGCUCGUAUCAAAGCUGAAACUACACCAUCCAACGAAAGGCACCUCGGUGAUUCUCUACAACUUAGUUCCUACCAAUUGACAACAUGUCUCUCAGGUCUACACUGUGUGCUGCAAUCAUGCGUGCUGCAUCUAACGAAACCUCUGGCGCUUUUGAAAUCGCUUCAGGAAUUAGGAUUGACUGCGGAACUCGCCGAGAAAAUUGCAUCUGUGUGGGCUUUAAAUGCACAGUCGCUUGUUAGUUGGGCUAGGGGUGACCAGACCAUUCAAGGAAAACGACUGUUUCUUGUAAGUUGGGAGAUCUCAUCCAAUGUACCAAAUCCCCAACCAGGCGUAGCACUUGCGUUCCGAGUUGGAGACGAGCAAAAAGUGCUGCAAUUAGACAGAGCUCAGCUUCAGAUGCUAUUUGAUCGGCUCCAGGACGUUCAAAAAGAACUGGAUGAUUUGAUUGUAUGAGGUUACCUUUUUUUUAAAUAAAGAAAUUUUAAUCGUUUUGAUAUGGA